AUGAACUCAAAGAAACUUUUCAGAGCACGUCACUUGAGCGAAGCACGGAUAUUUGAUUUGCCCAAAGCUGCCCCUACUGCUCGAAUAAUCAAACUAUCCACAUUACUUCGUAAAGGGAAACGAAGCGGUGGAGAUGACGAUCUAUUGAGAGAUGCGGCCGGUCCAUUCGACAACUUCGAUGCCUUUGAUCUAGACACGCUUGAGCCAUCAUCGGCAGAGGCAAAGCCAUCAAGAAAGCACCAUAAGACAGAUCGGAAGAGCAAAGGCGAGCGAACUGAAGAUAUUGGCAACUUCUUUCCAGAGAACAGAUAA